AUGGAAUGGAAAAGAGACAGCAAAGAAGAUCCUGACAUCUUGAAUGGUGUUUACAUGUCAGAAGCCUUGAACCCUGUCUUUGUGGAUAACUUUGAAAGGGAUCCUACGCUGACUUGGCAGUACUUUGGCAGUUCCACAGGGUUCUUCAGACUCUACCCAGGAAUAAAGUGGCUUCCAGAUGAGAAUGGGGUCAUCUCCUUUGACUGCAGGAAUCGUGGCUGGUACAUCCAAGCAGCCACCUCUCCCAAGGACAUUGUCAUCAUUGUGGAUGUCAGUGGAAGCAUGAAGGGCCUGCGGAUGACCAUUGCCAAACACACCAUUGUCACCAUUCUAGAUACUCUUGGGGAAAAUGACUUUGUCAAUAUCAUUGCAUACAAUGAUUAUGUUCAUUUUAUCGAACCCUGUUUUAAGGGUAUCCUGGUCCAAGCAGACAGAGACAACAGAGAGCAUUUCAAGCAGCUGGUGGACGAAUUGCAGGCAAAAGGAGUGGGAACGGUGAACAAGGCCUUGACAGAGUCCUUCAAAAUCCUGAGGGAGUUCAGAGACGCUGGCCAAGGAGGCUUGUGUAACCAAGCCAUCAUGCUGAUCACAGACGGAGCAGUGGAGGAUUAUGAAGCUGUGUUUGAAAAGUACAACUGGCCAGAUCGAAAGGUCCGGGUUUUCACUUACCUCAUUGGACGGGAGGUCACUUUUGCCCCCAACGUGAAAUGGAUCGCCUGCAACAACAAAGGCUACUAUACCCAGAUCUCUACGCUGGCGGACGUCCAGGAGAACGUGAUGGAAUACCUGCAUGUUCUCAGCCGUCCUAUGGUCAUCAACCAUGACCAUGACAUUAUAUGGACUGAAGCCUACAUGGACAGUGCGCUCUUUGCAUCUCAGGCUCAAAGUCUGUUGCUCAUGACAACAGUGGCUAUGCCAGUCUUCAGCAAGAAGAACGAGACGCGAUCUCACGGCAUUCUCCUGGGUGUGGUGGGCUCUGAUGUGCCACUGAGGGAGUUGUUAAAACUUGCUCCACGUUAUAAGCUGGGUGUCCAUGGAUAUGCCUUUCUGAACACCAACAAUGGCUACAUCCUCUCACACCCAGACCUCCGUCCUUUGUAUAAAGAAGGAAAGAAACUGAAGCCUAAGCCGAACUACAACAGUGUAGAUCUCUCAGAAGUGGAAUGGGAAGAUCAGGAUGAAAUACUGAGAACUGCCAUGAUCAAUGGGGAAACAGGCUACCUCUCCAUGGAUGUGAAGGUCCCUGUGGAUAAAGGGAAACGAGUUCUCUUCCUCACAAAUGACUAUUUCUUCACGGACAUCAGUGGCACACCCUUCAGCCUGGGGGUUGUGCUGUCCAGGGGACACGGGGAGUAUAUUCUGCUGGGGAACACUUCAGUGGAAGAAGGUUUGCACGACCUGCUCCAGCCAGACGUGUCUUUAGCAAACGAAUGGAUUUACUGCAUCACAGACAUUGAUCCAGACCAUCGGAAGCUCAGCCAGCUGGAAGCUGUGAUCCGUUUCCUCACAGGAGAGGAACCUGACCUGGAAUGUGAUGAGGAGUUGGUCCAGGAAGUGCUGUUUGAUGCCGUGGUCACUGCACCCAUGGAAGCCUACUGGACAACACUAGCCCUCAAUAUGUCCACGGAUUCUGAGGCAGGGAUUGAGAUGGCAUUUCUGGGCACUCGGGCUGGACUCAUGAGGAGUGCCCUGUAUGUGGGCUCUGAGAAACUUUCUAACAGGUAAGUCCCUAAGCUGCACUAAGGGAUUUCUCUGUCUCUGAAGGUGUCUCUGAAACCACUCCCAGACUUAGAAAUGUACUUGUGGACACAGAAAGAAAAGGA